AUGCCUAUUGAACAAGACUAUUCCAAGACUGAAAACGGAACUCAGCCAGUAGAAUCUGAUAAUCAAGAUUCGAAUAAAACACCAACACUCCCGUCGUUUACGGCGAAUAAAUCAAGCCAAACAGUGAAUACUUUGUGGAGAACGCUGAUAACGCCCAAUUCUCCUAAUGUUACUCCCAAUUCAUCUUACUACGAGCUAAUAAGUUUCUACGUAUACCAUGGAUUACUGGUGCUAUUAUACUUCAACAUUUUCAUUUUUGGUCUCAUUACAUUUUCAAUCAAUAGGACUAAAUUAUGGUUCUUUGAAUUGGCUUACAAUCCAAGUAAAUCACCCUCAGUCAUUUCUGCUGAUAUUAGCAAGUUGAACAAGAUCCCAAAACGGAUCAGUGUCAUUUUGAAUCUGAAGCCGGAGGAAACUGAGAAUGGUGGCAUAUCGGGGCUAAUCAGUGACAGCUCAGAAGUAUGUGCAUGGGUAGUAGCUAGUGGGAUUAAGUAUCUCUCUAUUUAUGAGUAUGGAGGAGAACUAAAGAACAACAUCCCAGAGUUACGUAGAUCCGUCUACAAGAAGUUGGCAGUCUAUUACGGUACCGACAAUGUGCCUACAUUCUCCAUAAAGGUCCCACAUGCCAAUGCCAUUUACUACGGUGCUUCGGACCAAGAUAUAGACCAACAAAGAUACAAGAAUACUAGCUACAAGCCUAUCCUCCAAAUUGUGCUUCUCUCUAAUGUUGAUGGGAGAGCUACAAUUGUGGAUUUGACUAAAGUUAUGGCUGAUCUAACAACCACUAACGAGAUAUCACCAAAGGAUAUAACUGUAAAGUUCAUUGAUGAUGAACUUAAACAGCUGGUGGGAGAAGAACCUGAUCUACUAAUUCUAUUUCAGCCAUAUUUGAACUUGCAAAGUUAUCCUCCAUGGCACAUUCGUCUUUGUGAAAUCUAUUGGGAACCUGAUAACGAUGCUGUUACGUAUCCGGUUUAUCUCCGUGCUCUACAAAAAUUUUCCACAUGCAAGGUCAAUGUUGGAAAAUAA